AUGGUCUUCACACUUGCAAUUCCCUCUGCCUUUGGCUACGUUUUGGCCGUCGCUCUUGCUUACACUCUCGAAUUAUUUGUCUUUGGUAGCAUUGUGGGACAUAUGAGAAAGAAACACAAAGUUCCUUAUCCCGAUGUCACUGGUGCUCCCGAAUUCAAUCGAGCCAUGAGAGUGCAUUACAAUGCCUUGGAAGGAUCUCCAUUCUUUUUUGUCGGAUUGAUUUUGAGUGGAUUGUAUUGGCCAGAAGUGAGUGCAUUGGCUGGAGUGGUUUACAUCAUUGGAAGAGCUGUGUAUUGUGUUGGCUAUUUGCAAGCUCCAGAAAAGAGAUCAGCAGGUGCUAUUAUUUUCCAUUUGGCUGAAUUGGUGUUUUUGGUAUUGAGUGUCAUCUUCAUUGGAAAGGUCAUUUUCCAAUAA